GUUCGCAAUUCUAAUUUAUUUCAUUCACCAACCAAACCUAACCAAAAAGAUCGCAAGUUCAGCGGAAAGAUUCAAUCUUUAUUGCGCUGUAAAUGGCAAAUGCAUCUGUGAUUUCGCCACAAACUAUCAAGAUUUCACUAUAUGUUGGCAUUGAUCGGUCUCGGUUUUGUUCUUCUAAUCUAGUUUCCGAAAGAAUCUGCUGCUCCGGCACUUCUACAGAAUCUCGACCUCCCAGAUUUAUUAGCAAGGGCUGCAAACUAGUUGGAUGUGGAUCAGCUUUACCAAAACUUCAGUAUUCUAAUCAUGAUCUUGCUAAGGUUAUGGAUACUACCGAUGAAUGGAUUUCUAGUCGAACUGGAAUCCGCAAUCGACGACUUCUCUCUGGUAAUGAAAGCUUGAAUGGUUUGGGUGUAGAGGCAGCUCAGAAAGCGCUUCAAAUGGCGGAGGUUGAACCUGAUGACGUGGAUCUAAUCUUCUUCUGUUCAUCCACCCCAGACGAUUUAUUUGGUGGUGGUCCAACGGUUCAAAACGCACUUGGGUGUAAAGGAAAUCCGCUUGCAUAUGACAUCAGAGCCGCAUGCACUGGGUUCCUAUUAGGGCUAGUCUCAGCUUCCUUUCAUAUUCGGAGUGGGGGUUUCAAGAAUGUUCUUGUGAUUGGAGCCGAUUGCGUAUCCCGCCAUGUUGAUUGGACAGAAAGAAAAAUCUGCGUUCUUUUUGGUGAUGCUGCUGGUGCUGUUUUACUCCAGGCCUGCGAUUGUGAAGAUGAUGGUUUAUUUGGUUUUGAUUUGCACACCAAUGGCGAUGGCAAGAAGCACUUGAAUGCAGGCAUAAAGCAAAGCGAAGCAAAUAUUGUGAAUGGUUUGGUCUCGGGGUUAAUGCUUCCAUCUGUAUCCGCUUCUAUUUCAAACAUCCAAAUGAAUGGACAGGAGAUUUUUCGAUUUGUUGUUAAUGCUGUGCCAGAAACUAUGGAGGCUUCGUUAUCAAAGGCUGAUCUUAGGGUUUCAGACAUCGACUGGUUGCUGAUACAUCAAGCUAAUCAGAGGAUCAUUGAUAGUGUAGCAAAAAAACUAGAAUUCCCAAGGGAAAGAGUGAUAUCUAAUUUGGAAAACUAUGGAAACACUAGUGCUGCUUCGAUUCCAUUGGCAUUAGAUGAAGCUGUGCGAAGUGGGAAGGUGAAAAAAGGUGAAACAAUCAUGUUAGGUGGCUUUGGGGCUGGGCUUACAUGGGGUUCGGCAAUUGUUAGAUGGGCUUAGAGAAGUUAUAAUCCAUGCUUCAUGGAAUGAAAUAUUUGGCAAUAGUUUCUUUAAUAUUUUAUAUGUGGCUAUGUUAUAUUCCAUUCAAAAAGGGAGAUUAAUAAUUGAUCAUUUGACAAA